AUGACUAACACAAGACGUGAACGCGCAAUUGCCCUUCGUCCUGUUGAGAUUACCAAUCAGCAGCUUAUGGAAAUACUUUCUACUGUGAGAGCUGAUAUGUCUACCGUAAAAGAACAGAUCGGCAAUGUUGAGCAAACUCUGACCAACAUGAAUGGCAGAAUUGGCGUUCUUGCCACCACCAGCACCAAAACCAUCAGUGCCAUAGAUAGUUUGGCCAGAACUCCCCUUGCUGCUCCUGUGAGAGCUGAACUCACUGUUGCUGCACCUGUUGUCAUCUCCAACCAUGAGCCUACCCGUGAAGAAUCUAAUGCAGUUUAUCUUAGCUUGAGAACGCCAGAAAAUAUCCUGGCCAACAACCUCAAGCCCAGAUGGGAUACAAAUGUUGCUUUCAACAAAUCUCCCAACAGGGAGAUAGCCAAGAGACUUCUUUUUAACCUUGAGCACAUGUUUGGUUCCUCUAGUAUGAGACAGAGUGACCUCCGAAAGAGGUUGCACACCAACUUCACUAGUAGAACCCGUCAUGAGAGAAUGUCUGAUGAUGAGAUAGUGGAAACAAACGCUCUUACACAAAGAGCAGCCCGUGCAGAUGAUAAUGAGUGUUGCCGUGUACUGGCCUACAAAGACAAUAAGGAGGCAAUUGAUCUUGUAAUGCUCAGAGACUGUGCCAACACUCUCCAAAAAGCAGUAAUGUCAGAUGGAGAGUCUGCCGAUGAAAUGGAUGAGGAUGGCAUAAAACAUGUCAUUCAUAUUGUACAACCAGGCUGGAGAAGCGAUGAGUGUAUUAUUAUAUUGAGUGAAUUAUUAACGAAUGUAUUUCAGUGCAACCAUUUCAUUGCACUUGUUGACACUUAUGCUGUCCAGGCCAUGGGGUCAAGUGCUAAUCAAAGGAUCCGUAGGAUCACUACUAGUGUGUCCAACUCAGCAGUCCCGGAUAACAUUAGCCCCAAUUUUCCUUGGUGGGCUCUUAGAGAUGGGCUCUAA